GAAAAUUUAUCACCAAAAUCACCACCGUCACCGUCACCAUCAACAUUAUCAUCAAAUGACAAUUCUGUUGUUGAUCAUAUUCAUGUUGACAUUUAUUUGUAAAGAUUGUCAAACAUUACGUAUCGAAAAAUUUAAUGUACCUGAAGCAAUUUCAAAUGGUAGCCAUGCAAUAUUAUAUUGUGAUUAUAAUCUGGAAAAUAGUGAACUUUAUUCAGUAAAAUUUUAUAAAGAUUAUAUUGAAUUUUAUCGUUAUCUACCGAAAGAAGAAGAUUAUCCAAAACAAUCAUUCAAUUUGGAUGGUAUUUAUUUGGAUCUUAAAAAAUCCAACGCAACUCAUGUAAUAUUACAUCAUACAGAUUUGAAUUCUGAUGGACUUUAUGGUUGCGAAGUUAGUACCGAAGGUCCUGCAUUUGCAACAAGAAAAAAUGAAAAACUAAUGAAAAUAUAUGUGUUACCCGAUGAAACAUUAACAAUCAAUGGUAGUUGUGAUUAUUAUCGUAUUGAUGAAUAUGUUAAUUUUGAAUGUAUUUCCGGUUAUGGUUGGCCAAAAUUAAAUUUAAAUUGGUUUAUUAAUGAUUUACCGGCACCAAAAGAAUUUCUAAUCAAUUCGAAACCAACAAUCGAUAGUAAUGGUUUGAUACAAUCGAAACUUGGCCUGAAUUUUCAAAUCAAUCCAAAAUAUUUUCAAAAUGAUAAUAGUUUAAGGAUUCGUUGUCAAUCAUCAUUAAUGUUUUUAUAUGAAUUAAAAACUGUUGAAUAUUUGAUUGAUGGAUCAAAACAAACAAAAUCAUUAUCACGUCGGCGAUAUACAUCAGCCCAAAUUAAUAGCAAAGAAAUGCCAAUCAUCACUGGUAUACGUGACAAAUAUAAUGUUAACGAUAUUGUCAAUUUGAAUUGUUCAACAACCAUUUUGAAUGCUCAAUUAUCAUGGUUUAUAAAUGGUAAAAAAGUAAACAAUACCUAUCUAACUAAAUAUGAUAAAAAUCCAAAUAAUAAUGGUGAAUCAAUUUUGAAUUUACGUUUUCAAAUGGAAAAAAAAUAUUUUCAAACCGAAGAAAUUGAAUUACAAUGUACUGUUUAUUAUAUCAAAAUUAUUGCCGAUUUUCAAGAACAAAUCAUUAUUCGAACAUUUAAUUCGGAAUAUCUUUUAUCACAAAGUUCUAGUUGUUCAACAUCAUCGUUAAUAUUAGGUUAUAAUUAUAUUUAUUGUUUAUUAUUUAUAUUAUUACUUUCAUCUUUCUUAUGUUUUGUAUGA